AUGCAUUUCAAAGCACUCUUUGCCGUUGCGAUGCUGUGCGUCGUAGCACUAUUUCACGCGGCCAACGCAGCGGAAGAGGAACCGCCGCUCGAACCACAACGCCGCCCGAAGCGCCGGUUGGGUGGCAGCCCCGAGGCGACCGACGACCGCGCGCCGAAGCCCCCGGCAGUGGAAAAGGGCUUUAGCGUGCAAGAGGUCAAGUUCGCCAGCGGCGAUCCGGUGGACGAGAGCGAGGAAAAGCAGAGCUCGUCGGGGACGAUCCCAAUCGUUGCGGGCGUCGGGGCCUGUGCCUGCAUUGCGUUGCUUGGCGCUGUGUAUAUGAAGCGACGGAAAGACGACGACAAGCUGCCGGGCGAGAUUUUCACGAUCGACGACAAGAACUCUGUGCUCUAG